GCCCCGCAGUGGGAUAAGCCCGCAGCCAUCCAGGCAGUGAAUACUGAGCUCUCAGACCCAGCACGACCAGCAGAUGCCACCUACAGCUGAGAUUUUUCUCCCCGUUGCUGCACAGCGAUACCUCGAGACGGGAUGUGACUUCAGAUAGUUGCACAAAUCUGUUUUCUGUGCUCCAGCACUUUUAAAACACCCUCUCAACGGUUCGCAUUACCUGUUGCUUGCUGCCUAGAUCGAGACGGUCACUCAUUCCACUCUCAGGAUCAAGCAAAGGAGCGUCACCGGCAUCCCUCUCCUGCAGGGACCCGGACCCGCACCCCCCCGCUCCGGGAGUCGCACCACCGUAGCCGGGCUGGCAGAGAUUCACAGUGGACAGCAUAUGUGACUUUUGUGGUUGGAUGUGCCAGAGGAGACAGCCUUGAGAAAGCAGGGGUCUCACCUUUUUUCCUUCUCCUUGCAAGUCAUCCUCAUCACCAGUGAGCCUGGCCACUCUCUCCUGUAGUCAUGGAGAACUACUCCUUCCCUGAGACCAAUUCCUCAUGUGUAGACUGCACUGUGAGAGGGCAUGGGGGUCUGAAUAUGUCCACUCCUCCACUUAGCCCCAGGUUCUACAUCACAGUGCCUGUCAUCUACUCAGUCAUCUGUGUCGUGGGGCUGACAGGCAACACUGCUGUCAUCUAUGUAAUCCUCAAAGCGCCAAAGAUGAAAACUGUAACCAACAUCUUCAUCCUCAACCUGGCCAUUGCUGAUGAGCUCUUUAUCCUGGUGCUACCCAUCAACAUUGCUGACUACCUGCUCCUGCAGUGGCCCUUUGGAGAGUUCAUGUGCAAGCUCAUCAUCUCUAUAGACCAAUACAACACUUUCUCCAGCAUCUAUUUCCUCACUGUCAUGAGCAUUGACCGCUACCUUGUUGUGGUGGCCACCACCAAGUCCAGGAAGACGUCCUACCGCACCUACCGAGCAGCCAAGAUCGUGAGCCUUUGUGUCUGGUCUUUUGUCACAGUCAUCAUCCUGCCCUUUACUGUCUUUGCUAAGAUACACAAGGAAGAGGGGCGUUCCCAGUGUGUCUUUGUGUUCCCCCAUCCUGAGAGUGUGUGGUGGAAAGGCAGUCGGAUCUACACCCUUAUUUUAGGCUUUGUCAUCCCAGUGUCCACCAUCUGCACCCUCUACACCACUAUGUUGUUCAGACUGAGACAUAUGCAACUCAAUUGCAAUGCGAAAGCUCUGGACAAAGCCAAAAGAAAGGUGACACUGAUGGUAGUUGUCAUCUUGGCUGUGUGCCUGUUUUGUUGGACACCCUAUCACCUUAGCACAGUGGUGGCCCUCAUCACAGACAUCCCACAAACUCCACUCAUCAUUGGGAUUUCCUACUUCAUCACCAGCCUAAGUUAUGCCAAUAGCUGCUUCAACCCUUUCCUGUAUGCCUUUCUGGAUGACAGUUUCCGGAGGAGCUUUCGCAAACUGAUAGAUCGCAGAACCACCUCAUAAAGCCAACCCUCUGUCCCGUCAUCUGUACCUCUCACAGUCACCUGCUUUUCCUGGGUGAUUCCAGCCCAGAGAAUGCUUUCUCUGCAGCCUCCUUGUGAUUGCCUACAGGUCUUCAGGUUACCUCACUACCCAAGACAUGAACUGGGAACAAGUGUAUCUUUCUCAACUGUCCUGCACUCAUUUCUGUAGCAUUGCUCUCCUUGCUUUUUCUUCCUUUUCCUUUUCCUUUUCCUUUUCCUUUUCCUUUUCCUUUUCCUUUUCCUUUUCCUUUUCCUUUUCCUUUUCCUUUUCCUUUUCCUUUUCCUUUUCCUUUUCCUUUUCCUUUUCCUUUUCCUUUUCCUUUUCCUUUUCCUUUUCCUUUUCCUUUUUUUUCCUUCUUUUCUUUUUCUUUCUCUUUCUCUUUUUCUUUUUCUUUUUUUUAUUUUCCUUUUUCAUUCCUUCUCUCUAAUGUGCUUUCUGACCUAGGUUUGUAGCACACAGAGCUGCAGCAGGUCCCUUUUCCCUUUUUAAAGGUAUUGCUUUGUGAACUCAAGCCACAUGACUGUCUCAAUUACUGGUGAUUUGUAAAGCCCAAUAAAGGUGUGUUACUGAGUGUCUUGC